CUUUAUUUAUAAGCCGGUUGCUAUGACAACAAAGUAAAAACAUUUCACUUUUAAGCAUUAAUGUUAUGGAUUUGUGAUCGAUAGGCUUCUAUUUGAGCUAAAAUGAGCCUUGUUCGUGAAUUUAUAUUAAAUGCAACAGAAAAAUUCUUUUGUAUACCAACACAAGAAGUUAAGGAGCAAAAUGAAGAAGCAUUAAUGAAUUUUAUUCAUAACUCUCAAUCACUUGUGCUACAAAUUGUUAUGAAUAGUGGACAAUCACUACUAUUUUUUACAAUGAUUCAAGAUGGUAUGAAAAAAUCUAUAAUAUUUUAUAAAACAUCUGCACAAGAAUUAACUAGUCAAGAUUCUCUAAAUAAUAUAAAUAUUAUCACUCUGACUACUGGGCCAGCAGAGUCAUUGUAUCAAAUUUUGAGACAAAUCUAUAGUCCUUUACUUGCUGUGGGAGAAGAUCUGUAUUCAAACAAACUUCAAAAAAAUCUCUCAGAUUUACAAGCCAAUUUGAGAGUCCUUACUCAUGGCAAAGAACAUGAAAAUACGAAAGUAAUUUUGUCUAUUGAAGAUGAAAUAGACUAUUGGAAAACAAUGGGACAAAAAAGGGAUGCUAAUAGAAUGGAAAGAGAAGCAGCAUCUUCAUUUUGUGUGCUGUUUGAAGAUGUUUUUGAGGAAAUUAGAUCUUUACAAACCAGUGUUAUGCAAGAAGUCAAAGAUUCCGCUGAGAAUAUUGCUGGAAUAUUAGAUGACGUGUGGAGGUAUACAGUACAUCCGUAUUCAGAGAAUAGAAUGAUUCAUGUUUUUGAUAUAAUUGGGCACAUUAUCUGCUCGGUUAUUCAAAAAGCUGUUUCACAAAUAGACCCAUGGAAGAUCAAUGAUGGGUUCAAAGACAAUGAAAUUCUUGUGCUCAUGACGGAAGGACUUAAUGUUGUACAAACGUGGAUCGGUGCUUGUAAAUCACUCACCGAGACAUAUUGGCCGAACUAUGCUUUACAUCCCUGGAAAGGAAAAACAUACAUACCAAAUUUCUGCGUCAAUUUUGAAACAAGACUCAAAGAGAUACAUAAUAUCAGAUCUACGCAUAACCAAUUGAUAAAAUUGCUAACUGAGAAUGAGAAAGUUGAAUUAAAUAGUCAUCAAUUUUUAGAGCCUUUCAAGAAUAUUAACAUUUGGAUUUAUAACGGUCCGAAUCAGUCAUGGGAAUCAGCUGUUGCAAAUUUUUCGGCUAAAAUAAGACCUGCGGAAUCUAAAAUAACGGAAAAACUGAAACCACGCAUGAAUAAUACAUCUACUAAGCAGAUGCUGUACGAGUUUAUUAGAUACAAAACUCUCAUAAACAGGCCGCUAGUUAAACAUGCUCUCAGCAAUGAGCUAGACAUCUUCGUAAGCUCCCUGCUUGCGAUGCUCAAAACGAUACAGAGCCAGAUGGGCUCUGACGAAGUAGACGUACAGAUGUACCAGCCGGCGGAGAUGUCGCCCCUCGUGCAGCGAGUGCAGUGGGCUAAGCAAAUGGAGGCGAAGGUGAAGGAAGUAGUGAUUUGCAUCGAAAAUUAUCUCGGCGAAUUCGAAAACAGCGAGGAGGUGCUGAAGCUUGCAUCUCAACUUCUGAGAGAUCUCAAAACUACGUACACCCAGCUGCACGAAGACUGGUCCAGAGAUAUCCAGGCGCUCGUGCGGGACGAGUCGGCGGCGGCGGGCGACGGGCCCGUGGUGCGCUUCUCGCGGGAGGAGCGCCUCAUGGAGGUGCGCUUCGAGCCGCGACUGGUGCGCGCCGAGAGCGAGGCGCGCGCACUGGCCGCCCUGGCGCUGGCGCCGCCCGCCGCGCUGCGCGCCGCGCUCCACGCGCUCACGGCGCCGCUCGCGCACGCGCGCGCGCUGCACCAGGCACGUGCAGCUCAUGCCUUCCCGUGCGCGUCAGUGUAUUCAGUCAUCGACCGAGUCUAUCGUGAAUCACAAUCGGAGAAUUUAUUGCCGCGUUCCUGUCCGACUACAGGGCGCCUUAGACCCUUGGUGGCGUCUUUCCAUAAUACGUUGGGUGAACGUAUGAUCCCGUCGACGCGGCCCAUGAUGCUGCAAGCAGCUCUGGAGCUAGCGGCGCUCGUACAGGAUGACCAGCCGCUGUAUUGGCAUGACGAGGAAAAAUUGAUCGAGUACACAGAACGACUGAAACGAGUGGUUCUUAAACUAGAGGGUCAGGUGCGUUAA